AUGUUGAUGAUGGAGGACAACGAGCUGGACGCUCAUCAGGUUGAUUCGGAUUUCGAGCCGCAGAGCCGGCCUCGCUCCUGCACCUGGCCGCCUCCGUGCCCGGAGGACUUCCCCGGCGGCGGACACGAGGUCAGCGGGGGUCUCCCACUGGCCAGCAUCAAGGUGGAACCGGAGGACGUGCCGGCGUGCAGAGGGGGUCUGGUGGGGGGUGCACCGGCGGGAGAGCUGAAGCACCCGGCCGGCGCCCCAUGCCUGGCCGCCGGCGGGGGGCUCGAUGGCACCGGAUCCCUGCGCAAAGCCAAGUCCUCCCGGCGGAACGCGUGGGGGAACCAGUCCUACGCGGAUCUCAUUACCCGCGCCAUCGAGAGCACCCAGGAUAAGAGACUCACGCUGUCACAGAUCUACGACUGGAUGGUCCGUUAUGUGCCCUAUUUCAAGGAUAAGGGCGACAGUAAUAGCUCCGCUGGCUGGAAGAACUCCAUCCGACACAACCUGUCCCUCCACACACGCUUUAUCCGAGUGCAAAAUGAAGGGACUGGGAAGAGUUCCUGGUGGAUGCUGAACCCUGAUGGAGGGAAGAUGGGCAAGUCUCCGCGCCGGCGAGCAGUCUCCAUGGACAACAGCACCAAGUACCUAAAAAGCAAAGGCCGCAUCAGAGGCAAGAGGGUUGGUCGUCCUGGGAUAGGAGCUGGGUCUGCUGUGGUGGGGCUCCAGGGCUCCCCCGAUCAUGGCAGCCCACCUCAGAAAGGCCUCCCAGGAGUCGGAGGUGCAACUGGGACAGAUGGAGAGUUUGACGCCUGGACAGACCUCCAUUCCAGGGCUAGCUCGUCAGCCUCGACCCUCAGUGGGCGUCUGUCACCUAUCCUUGCUGAGGAAGAACCUGAGGAACCAGAGGAGGGUGGCUUAUCCUGUUCAACAUCCCCCCAUCUCUACCCCUCACCGACCAGUGCCCGCUCCCCAUCCAUGGGAGCUGGGAAUCGCUGUCCUCCCCUUGAGCAGCUGCCUCAGCUGGCUAACCUGGCAGGGGCCAUCAGGCUGGAUGAGCAGCUCAUGGAGGAGACUUAUCAUCACCAUCAGCAACACCAGCAGCACCCGGCUGUCGGUAGACACAAGCAGCCAACCCCUGUUUACCACUACAGCUCUGGAGUGAAGGGGCAGAGCUCUUAUAGUGCCAGCGUCUACGGAGCAACAGGCAUGGGGAUGCUGCGCCACCACUCACCAAUGCAGACCAUUCAGGAGAACAAGCCAGCCAGUUUCUCUGGAACCAUGCGGGCAUACUCCAGUACCAAUGCCCUGCAGAGUCUGCUCACAGGGGGUCCAGCUGGGCAGCAAUAUUGUUCCAAGGACAUGAUGCUGGGACAGGAGAGGGAAAGCCAUCCUAUGAUUGGUCAAGCUAGUAAUGGAGUAGGCUCCAACCAUCACAGCCACCUCCCUGGUCACCACAAUGGUCACAGCCACAAUGGACCUCAUAGCCACAUCUCAGCUCAUAGCCAUAACAGAACUCAUAGCCAUACUCCUACUCAUAAUCACAACAGUGUAAGCAACCACAACUCACCCCACAGCCUCGUUCACAACAGUCACAACCUCAACCAGAGCCAUAACCACACCCCCCCACGGGCUGUGGCUCUGGCCCCACGUGGCAACGGCAAUCAGCUGCAGACCUACAACCACAAAGCUCCCUACCUGUACAGCCCCCCAUCACAUGCCCACCUCCCAGCCUCCACCACCCUACCCCCUAACCCAGCGGGUAUGCUUGGCAUGCCCCAGGACUCCUGCCAUGUGGCCGCCGCCCCACACCCGCACCCCCGUCAGAACCAUUACCUUGACCCCCAACACCUGGGCAUGACAAACGGACUUUACCACCAUGUCCAGGGGAUGGGGAACGGUAACAUCGGUAGCAACUACCACAGCUAUCACCAACCUCACACCCUUGAGAGACUACCGGCCGAUUUGGACAUUGACAUGUUCCACGGUAGCCUGGACUGCGAUGUGGAGUCCAUCCUCCUCCAUGACAUUAUGGACUCUGGGGAGGAGAUGGACUUUAAUUUUGACUGCUCCCUAGCCCAGGGGGUGGGCAUUGGCAUGGGUAUGGGCAUGGGUGUGACCAUGGGCAUGGGGUUGGGGAUGAGCAGUCUUGCCAGUCCACAGCAAGCCCACAGCAACCAGAGCUGGGUGCCAGGCUGA